AGAUCUCCAAACACAACUCGUAGCCAUCUUCCCCCGUUUCUCCAACUUUGACUCUGUUGCUCUUGAUUCAACUUCUUCAAGUACUGCAACAUGGCCAAGGAGUCGUCGGAGCAUGGGUCAUUCCACAGCAAGGACUACCAGGACCCUCCGCCAGCACCUCUUUUCGACGCGGUGGAGCUCAUCAAGUGGUCCUUUUACCGGGCUCUGAUAGCCGAGUUCAUAGCCACUCUUCUCUUCCUCUACAUCACUGUCUUGACUGUGAUUGGCUACAAGAGUCAGUCUGACCCUAAGAACGGCGACGCCUGUGCCGGAGUCGGCAUCCUCGGAAUCGCCUGGGCCUUCGGCGGCAUGAUCUUCAUUCUUGUCUACUGCACUGCCGGCAUUUCUGGUGGUCACAUAAAUCCGGCAGUAACAUUUGGGCUGUUCCUGGCCCGCAAGGUGUCUAUGGUGCGGGCCGUGAUGUACAUGGUGGCUCAGUGCCUUGGAGCCAUAUGUGGAGUGGCGCUCGUCAGGGCGUUUCAAAAAUCAUACUACACGAGGUACGGCGGCGGGGCCAACAGGCUCGCCGCAGGGUACAGCACAGGAACUGGACUCGCCGCUGAGAUCAUCGGCACCUUUGUCUUGGUCUACACCGUCUUCUCAGCCACUGAUCCUAAGAGAAACGCCCGUGACUCCCAUGUCCCCGUUUUGGCUCCGCUUCCAAUUGGAUUUGCUGUGUUCAUGGUGCACUUGGCCACCAUCCCCAUCACCGGCACCGGAAUCAACCCCGCCAGGAGUCUUGGAGCCGCCGUGAUUUUCAACGAAAAUAUUGCUUGGGAUGAUCAUUGGAUCUUCUGGGUUGGACCCUUCAUUGGUGCAGCCAUUGCAGCAUUCUACCACCAGUUCAUCUUGAGAGCAGGAGCUGUUAAGGCUCUGGGGUCAUUCAGGAGCCAAACCCAUGUCUAAUUUCCCCUAAUUAUUUCCUCCGCCUAUGCUUUGUAUUAGAGGAUAAAUAUUUAGGAAAAAAAAAAAUGAGAAAAGUGCUCUUCUGUAUCCCUGUCUCUUCUUCUCCAAGGGAGGCCUUUAUUACCCCUUUUAAUAUUUAAGCAUUUUCCUUGGAAUUUACUUCAGUGUUGUUUUUCUCUGUACACAUUAUGAUUAAGGAAAAAGGUGCCAAGGAUUUGUAUCUUUCUUUCACCCAUUUUCUUAGUUCUUUUUAGUAAAUCCAUACUUAUUUU